AUGGUGGAGCCGGUGGGAUUCAUCGAGGCGUGGAAGGCACAGUUCCCGGAAUCCGAACCCCCCAAGAUGGAGCUGCGCUCUGUCGGCGGCAUCGAGCAGGAGCUGGAGAAGUGCAAGGCGUCCAUCAGGCGCCUGGAGCAGGAGGUCAACAAGGAGCGCUUCCGGAUGAUCUACCUGCAGACCCUGCUGGCCAAAGAGAGGAAGAGCUACGACAAGCAGCGCUGGGGCUUCCGCAGGACGCCGCUCAACGAGGGGAUGGACCCCGCGGGCCCGCAGGGGGCCGAGUCCCAGCCCCAGCAGCUCCACAUGCAGGAGACCGGCGGGGUCGGGGUCGUCGCCGGGGGCUACGGCCUCUGCAACAUGGCCGCCGGGGACAGGAGUCGCUUCCAGCCCCUGGGGGACGGGGGCGGCCGGUCCAAACCCAGGCCCCCGCCGGCCAGGAAGUCGGCCUCCCACGGGGACGGGCUGGAGUCGGCCUUCGACGUCCCGCAGCAGGUGGAGUCGGCGUCCUGCGACAGCCUGGACGGCCUCUCCCCGUCCAAGCAGAGAGGUCCGAGCGGCGUGUCGGCGUCCCCCCGCCGGCCCACCCUCCCGCCGCCGGACAAGGAGCUGCCCUCCGACCCCAAGGACAAGCUGGGCAUGGGGCUGGGCGUGGCGGCUCUCAGGUCCAACUUCGAGAGGAUCAAGCGGGCCAACUCGCACUCGGCGGGCGACGUGGCCAAAGGCCAGGAGAAGCCGCUGCCCCCGCCGCCGCCGCCCUUCUACACCAACAUGGAGUUCCACCACGACCGGGGCCUGGUGAGGGUCAACGACCGGGAGGUGUCCGACAAGAUCAGCUCCCUGGGCAGCCAGGCCAUGCAGAUGGAGCGGAAGAGGUCCCUCCACUCCCUGCCCGGCAAUCUGGCCACGGUGGCCGGAGACCUGAGGCCCCGGCCGGUGUACAGGGGCCGGUCAACCGAGAGCACGUGCGGCUACGACGCGGAGUACGAAGACGGCGAGCCCGCUCAGAGGCACGCGCCGUCGGAGUUCCAGGCCUACUCCAGCGUGUACGUCGGCGGGGUGAUGAUGGGCGAAGGGGGCAGUGGAGAUGGACGAGGAGGAGGUGGUGGCGGAACCGGUGGUGGCGGGGUGACCAUGAGGGACCACGGGGGAGGUGAUGACCACCUCCUGACCUGGCCGCGCCGCUCCUACUCGCCGGGCAGCUUCGAGGACGCCGGCGGUGGGGGCGGCGGCUACACGCCGGACUGCAGCUCCAACGAGAACCUGACGUCCAGCGAGGAGGACUUCUCCUCGGGUCAGUCCAGCCACGUGUCGCCCAGCCCCACCACCGCCUUCCGCCGGCCCUUCCGGGAGAAGAGCCGCUCGCCGUCCCAGAACUCCCAGAACUCCCAGCACUCCUUCGACAGCAGCAGCCCCCCGACGCCGCAGUCCCAGAAGCGCCACCACCGGCAGCAGGGGGGCCACGUGGUCAUGUCCGAGGCCACCAUCGUCAGCGUCCGCAAGACCGGCCAGAUCUGGCCGCCAGCCGCCCAUCACGACCUCAUGCCCCACGGUAGAACGUCCCACGACAACAGUUUCCACGGAGACCACCUAGACAGGCGGCAGGACGCUGGCAUGACAGACCUGCAGCCCUGCCAGAGUGGACUGGAAAGACAGAUGAGGCUGCCCUGGCUGGCCUCGCUCUGUAACCGCCAAAGAGGGGUUUACUUGACCAAUCCUUAUAAAAACGGCCCAAUCAAUGCCAACUGUCAGCAGCAGGCGCCCUGUCCACAGAGCAGUAAAGACCGUCUGGUCGAUUCCCCCGACAGCCCGUUCUACAUAAAUUCCAGCCUUGUUUUGUGUCUCUCCCUCUGGCUUUCCCUCUACCAUUCAUCGUGUGUGUACCUGCGAUCCAUGGCCGUUGCGUGA